UGUCUCUGUCACUCAAAGGGCUGGCUAGGCUGGGCAGCUAUGGCAGCAGCACUAACCUGGAUUCCUCUCCUUGUAGGUCUUCUGGCAGGGUUGAGGGACACCAAUGCUCAGCAGACAACCUUAUACCCAUUCGUGGGUCGUGUUUUUGUGCAUCCCUUGGAACACGCCACCUUCCUGCGCCUUCCAGAACACAUUGCGGUGCCACCUACUGUCCGACUCACCUAUCAGGCCCACCUCCAGGGACAUCCAGACCUGCCCCGGUGGCUUCGCUACACACAGCGCAGUCCCUAUAACCCUGGCUUCCUCUAUGGUACUCCUACUCCAGAAGAUCGUGGACGCCAGGUCAUCGAGGUCACAGCCUACAACCGGGACAGCUUUGACACCACUAGACAGCGACUGCUGCUGCUGAUCGAGGACCCCGAAGGUCCACGGUUGCCGUACCAAGCCGAGUUCCUGGUGCGCAGUCAUGAUGUGGAAGAGGUUCUGCCCUCCACACCUGCCAGCCGCUUCCUCAUCGCCUUGGGGGGACUCUGGGAGCCAGGGGAGCUCCAGUUGCUCAACAUCACUUCGGCCUUGGACCGUGGAGGUCGCGUCCCUCUUCCCAUUGAGGGCCGGAAGGAAGGGGUGUACAUCAAGGUGGGCUCUGCCACGCCCUUCUCCACCUGCCUAAAGAUGGUGGCAUCACCUGACAGCUAUGCCCGUUGUGCCCAGGGACAGCCUCCAUUACUGUCCUGCUACGACACCUUGGCACCCCACUUCCGUGUUGACUGGUGCAAUGUAUCUCUGGUGGACAAGUCAGUGCCGGAGCCCCUGGAUGAAGUGCCUACUCCAGGUGACGGGAUCCUGGAGCAUGACCCGUUCUUCUGUCCACCCACUGAGGCCACAGGCCGAGACUUCCUGGCAGAUGCCUUGGUCACCCUCUUGGUGCCCUUGUUGGUGGCUCUACUGCUCACCCUGCUUCUGGCUUACGUCAUGUGUUGUCGGCGUGAAGGACGGUUGAAGAGAGACAUGGCCACCUCUGACAUCCAGAUGGUUCACCAUUGCACCAUCCACGGGAAUACAGAGGAGCUUCGGCAGAUGGCAGCCAGCCGUGAGGUGCCCCGGCCUCUUUCCACCUUGCCCAUGUUCAAUGUACGCACGGGAGAGCGGUUGCCUCCUCGAGUGGACAGCGCACAGAUGCCCCUCAUCCUGGACCAGCACUGAGAGCCCUGUCAGUAAUGAGAAGAGGAGAGGGGAGUGGAGAACAGGAUUCAAACCAUAACUGACGUGAACAGUCAGCUACGUUAACUCACUGCCUUCAGACCAGCUUGCUCAGAGCUCUUAAGGAGGCUGCAUUUCUUCUUUGGGCACAAGGCUAAGUCUCUACCGCUAUCUUCUGCACCUCCACUGCAUUCUGGGCACCCCAAACCCGUCGACUGCCUAAUUAAGGAACCGAGUUUUUAAGCAUUGACAGAGGUUGGUGAUGUGUGUGUGUGUGCGCACACGCGUGUGCCCGUGCCAGUGUAGUAUACGUAU